AUGGGAACUGUCAUAGCCGUUGAUUCCAUGCGUGUGCGCGUGUAUGCCAUUCUCUCUGACUCUCAUCAUCUCUCUUUUCCUUGGAGCCUUAUUUCUUCCUUUAGACGUCUUUUCCUCCGCAAGAUUGGCAAGAGCCCUUUUCCAUUUAUCAUUUAUUAUCGUUACUAUGAUUAUUUGAAGUUUCGCCUCGGGAGGCCGUUGAAUAGCGCCGUCUGCGAUGGUCCAAGGAGAUAUGCCGUGAGACAACUCUGGAAGUCGUCCUUGCGCGUGUGUCUGUGGUCACCGCAAAAGGCCUGCCGCACGCCACCGUGA